AUGAGCGCACAAGGGGAUCCACUUCUCCAGGGAACCUAUAUCCAGGAUGACGUGGAGGAUGUUCGUUCUACUUCGAAAGCAAUUGAGCAAUUUGAAGCAUGUUUGGCGAGCGGCCAACCAAUUCAUAGCACAAAGUUCCCCAAGAGAAAUCAUAAGCCAGCACCAGGGACGCCGUUAUAUCGUGCAGCAGCAAAAGUCGGUCAAAAACUCCACGGGGGACAAGGGCUUCAACACUCCCAGCAGCAACAACAACAAUUAGUUCGGCGAAGGACACUGACAAGCGCCACGCACCGACCAUCCGAAAAACAGGGGCUCUCUGAGGAGGCGUUGGAACGCCUAGAAGAUAUUGAAGCGGUUCACCGGCUGGGAGCUGAUUCUAGUGAUGACAAUGACGAUUGA